UUCUUUGCACCUCAAAAUCAGUUCACUCCCUUUCACCUCAAAUAUAACCUCAUUAAUUCCAUGUUCCUCCCUAAUUCAAAAUGUGGCAAAGUGAUGACCAAACUUGCACCUCAAGCAUUGACGGCCCUUCAUCACCACACCUCAGCCUCCCCUCUCCGCCGCUUCGCCACCACUGCGUCGCCACUCUCAAGGGCCACUCCUCCUACACAUCCGCCCUCGCCCUCGCCGGCGACCACCUCUUCACCGGCUCCUCGUCCGGCCAAAUCCACCGCGCCAGCCUAACCCUACCCCACGAGGCCACGAUGAUCGCCUCCGCCGGAGAAGGCGCCGUGAAGGCCAUCGUCGCCUCCUCCGACGACAAGCUCAUCACUGCCCACCAAGACCACAAAAUCCGCGUGUGGAAAGUCCACCACCAGCAGAAACUCACGCAGCUCGCCACGCUCCCGACCCUGAGCGACCGGGCGGUUAAUCUCCUGCUCCCCGGGAGCCACGUCCGCGUCCGCCGCCACAAGACGUCCACGUGGGUCCACCACGUCGACGCCGUGUCAGCGCUCGCCCUCUCCAAGGACGAGUCGCUUCUCUACUCCGUCUCAUGGGACAGAACUCUCAAGGUAUGGCGGACUGGAGACUUCAAGUGCCUCCAGUCCGUCCCCAACGCGCAUGACGACGCUAUCAACGCUGUCGCUGUUAACGAUGGCGCCGUCUACACGGGAUCCUCCGACGGGAGGAUCAAGGUGUGGAGGAGGAAACAAGGGGAGAAGUCUUACUCCCUGGAUGCUACAUUGGCGAAGCACAAGGCCGGUGUCAAUGCCUUGGCGAUGAGCGGCGACGGCGCGGUUUUAUACUCCGGCGCGUCGGACGCGCUGGUAUGCGCGUGGAGGAGCGAAAACGGCGGCGAAAUGGCGGUGCUUAGGGGGCAUGCGAAGGCGGUGCUUUGCUUGGCUGCAGUGGCGGAUCAUGUAAUUUGCAGUGGGUCUGCUGAUCAAACGGUGAGGGUUUGGAGAGGGGUUGGGAAAGCGUCAUAUGCGUGUUUAGCGAUUCUUGAAGGGCAUCGAGGGCCAAUCAAGUGCAUUACGGUUCAUGCUUCUUCUGAUGCGACAUCAAACACCUGGCUUCUCUACAGUGCUGCGCUUGAUUGUGAUAUUAAAGUCUGGAAAUUGUGCCUAGCUAUAUAAGAUAAGUAUAUUCAUUUAAUGAUUAUUAUUAGAAGAUUUAAGAAGAACUUAUUUUGUAUUUCUUUCAGAAAGUGUGAUUAUAAAGUGCAAAAAAAAGUGUUUUCCUUU